AUGCGCUUCAUCGCCGUCGUCGCCGUUCUCUUUGCCGGCCUCGCUGCCGCGCAGCCCGUCGAGGACGGAGACUCACUGGUUGCCCGAGCUUGCAAGCACGAGGCCUGUGCCAACGCAUGCUGUGUGUCGCACGGUGGAUGCAACUCUUUGAACUGCGGCACCUCCUACUGCUCGGGCGGAAAGUGCCACUGCGACUGCCACUACGGCUAA